UGGUGCCGUCAGAGCAGCCAGUCUCCUUCUCUUCCUCCAACAUGAAGAUGAUGACCCUCCGGCUCAGCCCCGACCUGCAGCUCUACAACUUCUCCACCUGGACUUACUCGUUCGACCUGUCGUUUGCCAAACCCGAUGGCGAGCUCCUGCUUCAGAGCGGAGACCUUGGGCUGUACGUGUUGGAGAUGUACUCGUUCUGGAGCAUGGACCAGCUGCAUGCUCUGCAGUACAUUCAUGUCUCUCAGAGGCCCAUCCUACUCCAUCCCCUCAACCCAAGUCAACCCUCGGCAACCUCUGCCUUUCAAUGCUUGCCCAAGGGCUCUCUCUGCCUCAAGUUGAGACUUUCUUUCCCUCGGGUGCAAGUCAACGGUACCGGCAACUACCUUGUCGACCUCAGACUUCAGCUUGCGUGCGUCUUGUGGACCACCGACGUCAGCUCCUGGUCCUUCGAUGCCUGCGAGCUGUCAUCCCUGAAGGAGGAGAACCAGACGUUUCUCUCUGCUACCUGUGCAUGCUCCAGGUCCGGCACCCUUGUCGUGGUGCAGAACCUAAGGCAUUCGGAGAUCAACCCGGCGCUGGGGCUGAUGCCGAAGAAGAGGCAGGUUGGAGAAUGGCCCGUCGUGACCACCUCACUCUUCGCACUGCUCUCCUUCUUCCUUGUCGCGCUUGUGAUGUUCAGGAACAACAGCCUGAACAGCUUCUUGGACGAGCGGAAUGAGCCCAGCAACGGGAUUCAGCAUGAGUUUCAGACGCUCAUCGGAGAUGUAGUGUUCGGAACCCUCGGCAACGAGGAGAAGAAACAGAUUCCGAGCAUGACCACCUCACACUACAAGAAGGAGUACUCGAGGUUGCACGACGACUACUUGGACGACAUCUGUCAGAGCAAGAACUUUUAUCACUCCAUCUGGUUCAAGGAGGGAGUCUUUUGUAAGACCCUUAGGAAGUUCGACUCAAAGGGCAUUAGGAGGAAGAAGUGCAAGGUGCCUGACACGUCUUACAAGCUGACUUGAGCCCGAGAGUCUGGGCGAACCCCAUCCGAUCAACUUGAUGUUUCUGCAACUAGCUCUAUAUUUUCCUUGCUUUCUCUCUUUUCUUUGGUUUUCUGUUACGUAUACACCAGAAACUCUCAUCCUUGUUCCUUUAUAAGCACAACAGAACUGUCAUGGCCUG